ACUCAUUGCAUUUCGAAUAGAAAGGUUUGCGUGAAACUGGGUGGGGUUAAUGGAUAGAAAAAAAUAGGGUCGAUAGGGUGGAAAUAAAUCAACCUGGCAACCUUGGAACAGGAGAAAGAGGAGACUUAUCUACUCUGAGUUUCCCGUGUAGUCGGGAAUCAGUCGCUAGAGGGUUUAUUUACGUGUUCCAUUCAACCCCGAUCCACUUUUUUCUUGCGCCGAUACGAUUUCCUUGGAAAGUUUGAAUUUUUUCUUUGUUUUUUUUUUUUUGUUGCUUGCUUGUUUGUUUUCGGAUCAAUUGUCAUUGCCAUAGUUCCCCGUGCGACAGGUUCAGGAUGAGCACCAGUGAGGGUUUGUUUUUCUCGGCUUUGCAGCCACACACAGCCGUGAGCACGUACGCUGUACCGAAUGACCGCGAGCUCACCGCGGACCGGCAGCCCAGGGAGAAGCGCGUGCAGCAGCAGGUCCAACAAAGGCUUGCGGAAAAAGCAUCAUCAGAGUAUAGUGGCAUAUCCAUGAAGAGGUACAACAGCCAGGGGACUGGAAUAAACUCUAAGACAGUUGUUUUCAAUGGCAGCAGAACAGCAAAUCCACGAUUGCAUCAGGGUACUGGAGGGUUCAGCUCACGCUCAGCUGUGGAAAUGGGCACACAGCGCAAGGUCAGCCUUGGCACACCCAUGCCCGCUGUUGUUGGCAAUCCGUACAGAUAUUAUGAUGGCUCCUACAAUGGAGGGCAUCAUAUUGGCCAGGUAAAUCGAGUGGAGCAGGAAGUGAUGCAAGGGCAGCCUUCUCCAAGUGGCAACUGGGUAACUCAGGAGGGUAUGACCUCCUCAGAGCAUCGCUCCCACUAUGGUCAUAGUCCAUUGCCCGGUAUGUCACCUAUGAGACGGAGUCUCAGUGGUACGCUGGUGCUUGAUGCUCCUGGCAGAGGAUGGAAGGAGGCAGAGCUUGCUCAUCAGUAUUCUUCCAAAGGCCCAGCCCACCGCACCCUGAUGCGCAUGAAUAAUCGGCAGACGCAGCAGCAGAGGAUGGGCAGCAACACUAUUCAGUGGCAGCAAGCAUCCGCUGGAGGCAGCACCAUGAUGGCCGGAGGGCAGUAUCCUGGUAUGAUACGGCGAACAGGAUCAAUGCACAGCCUGAAGAGCGUUGGUCGAGGGAUGGAUGUUUGUGAUGCAUUGGCCAGUGGCAGGGACAUUUCUGGAGGAAUUCACAGCCUUGACAUGACGACUGCAGUCAGUUAUCUCAGCUCAGCAGAUGUUGCAAUGCACAUGCUUGGAGCCGCCUACAUUCAGCAUCAGUGUUACCAUAGCAAUGAUGCCAAGGACCUGGUACGAAAUCUGAAGGGGAUCCCUGCACUGGUGCAGCUAUACUGUAGUGAAAACCAGGAAGUGCAACGGUACGCUACGGGAGCCACACGCAAUCUCAUUUACGAGAACAUGGAAAACAAAGCAGCGCUGAUCGAGGCUGGAGGUAUCAGCAAACUGGUUUCUGCAUUGAGAGAGCCAGAUGAUGAACUUCGCAAGAAUGUUACAGGUAUUUUGUGGAACCUGUCAUCUAAGGAUAGUUUAAAGGAGAAGUUAGCGAGGGAGAGUCUAGCCGAGCUGACAGAGCGAGUGCUGAUUCCUCUCUCAGGAGGUGGAGAUUCUGCAGUUAUCCAGCAGAGCCAGUCUGAAAUGGACAUAUUCUACAACACUACAGGCUGUCUUAGAAACCUGAGCUCGGUGAAUGGAAGGACCAGGCAGCAGAUGAGAGACACUCGUUGCCUUGUGGACUCUCUCGUAGGAUACAUACAGAGCUCUCUGCAGGAGGGCAAGGCUGAGGACAAGGGUGUAGAGAACUGUGUGUGUGUCCUGAGAAACUUGUCUUUCCAGCUGUACUCUGAGAUCCCCACAUCAGUGCAUCAGCGUUUGGAGGGUCCGACACGAGCUCAGGACGCACAUCGCAGAGACGCCAUCGGCUGCUUCAUCACACCACAGAGCAAAAAAUCAAAGGAUAAAAGAAACCAUGAGCUGUCGACAUUGUCUGAGGUAGCUCGAGUACCAAAGGGGGCUGAGUGGCUUUGGCAUCCUCAGAUAGUUGGGUUGUAUAAUCAAGUGCUGCAAAAUUGUGAGAUGAACAACACUACACGUGAGGCUGCAGCUGGGGCCUUACAGAACAUCACUGCAGGGGAAGGCCGGGUCAGACAUCACUCCUCAUGGGCGUCAGUGUUGAGUCGUGUAGCUCUGGAACAGGAGCGAAUGCUACCUGUGAUUCUGGAUCAGUUGAGAACCCCGACCGAAGCUGAGCUGCGUUCUCUCACCGGCCUGUUGAGGAAUCUGUCCCGGCACUCCAAGGACAAGGCAGAUAUGGCUACAAAAGUGGUGAAUAUCCUGGUGCCCAAGCUGCCUAGUGAUGGCCAUCAGAAAGAGCCAUCUAGUGAUGUAGUCGUCAACAUCUGUGGCAUUCUCAAUAACCUGGUCAUGGCAAGUUCACUGGCUGCAAGAGAUGUGACUUACUUUGAUGGAGUGCCCAAACUGGUUGGAAUCAAAACGUCUCAUGACAACAGUCCAGGGAAGGUGAAAGCAGCUAAGGCCGCCUCCACAGUGCUGUGUAACAUGUUUCAGUACAGCAAGCUGCAUAAAAACUACAAGCAGAAGGGGUUCACGAAAAGAGACUUCACUGAUACAUUCUAAUUUGGUCAUGCUGAGAAAUACUGAGUGUCUGGACCUGUCAUGAAACUUCACACGAAUAACUGGCGUUCACCAUGAAGGAAGGCUUUUUAUGAGGAUGUGCUUCUAAUCUCUGGACUGAGCUCGAGUGCUUUUUGUUUUGGUUCCUUUUUACUCCCUUUUGCUUGCUGUGGAUUUUUGAGAAGGUGCCUCUUUUUCCAAUGAAGUGGGAUAAAACUGGAUGGAAAUUUUGGAUAAGCCCCAUUCCGUAUAAGGAAUAAUACACCAUAUUCCUCAAUAUAAGGAAUAAUGAACAAUUUCCAAUAAUUUGGACUUUUUCUGCAUACUCAAUUCAGCAAUACGUGCACACACACAUCCAUGAUCACGAUGAAGAAACUGACCAGGAAAAGAAUUGUCAUUUUAUGUCCAGUAGUUUUUAGUGUGUUUAAGUUUUAAGUUGGAUGUGUUAAUGCUUUAUGUGUCAGACUCACAUUGUUGAAAUAUGCUAGAAGUUUUCCUCUGCUAUCUAUCAUGAACAAUUUAAAUUGUUUUAGUUGACUUUUUUUUUUUUUUUACUAUUUUUAGAGUAUUAUAAAAAAAACUGUAAAUUCAUAUUUGUUUUCUGGACAAUAAGAAAGAAAGAUUCUAGAAUGUUGAACUAGGACUGAAUCUCACUUGUGCCGUUGUGAAAUACAAGAGAAAAAUGUGCCCCAUUGGGGAUGGGAUUUAAUGCAACUUCCAAUCUAGCUUUCCCUUCUUCCAAGUAUGUUGAGGUGCUUAGCAGUAUUGUGUAUAGAGUUAAAAAAAAGAAAGAAAGAAGGAUAUGGUGCCUAGUACAGUUGCAAUUAAGAAAGAUUUGGACUUGGAUUUGAAACAAAAGAAAUGGUAUCUUAAAUCAAGUUUAUUUGCUUGUAAUGCUUGAUUUACUGCUGUUGCUUUUUCUGUAUCACUCAAGCUACAAUAUUUGCUGUUUGAUGUUUAUUAAUCUAAGAGAUUUGAGUGUUUAUGUACUUUUGUUACUGAAGGGUUACAGAUUACCGUGAGAAAUUACUGUUAGUGUAGCAUCUCUAACAGAACAGAUUGAUUUAAAUACUGAAAUGAAGUGUUACAUGAGAGAAUCUAAUGGUACCUCGACCUCGAUGUUUAACUUAACACAUUAACCAAAAAUCUGGCAUCACGUUGCCAAUUUAAAAAUUACACUGUUGUUUUCAGACAUCUAUAAUUAACAUCAUGAUCAUCUCAUAUAUAGAUAACUGAACAAAUAAAACCAUUAGUCCUGCCAAUAAAGUCUACUUUUGUUAGUGUUCACGAAAAUUAUUUUAGCAUAUGUCCAUCUUUUUUUUGUUUUAACUUUAAAAUUGUCUUUUUCACUCAUU